CCCGGAAGUCUCGCGCGAGCGGCGGCGCAGGGCGCUGAGGAGGCCCCGGCCCCGCUCCCCGCCGCGGCCUACAGCCGGGCCCGCCCCGCCGGCACCGCCGCCGCCAUGGAGGCGAACGCGGCGAAGCGGAAGGAGCCGCGCAAGGCGCUCCGGAUCAAAGUCAUCUCCAUGGGCAACGCGGAGGUGGGCAAGAGCUGCAUUAUAAAGCGCUACUGCGAGAAGAGGUUCGUUCCCAAAUACCUGGCGACCAUUGGUAUCGACUACGGCGUCACGAAAGUGCAGAUCAGAGACCGAGAGAUCAAAGUUAACAUCUUUGACAUGGCGGGGCACCCCUUCUUCUACGAGGUGAGGAACGAGUUUUACAAGGACACGCAGGGAGUCAUCCUGGUCUACGACGUCGGCCAAAAGGAGUCGUUCGACGCGCUGGACACGUGGCUGGCCGAGAUGAAGCAGGAGCUGGGCCCUCACGGGAACAUGGACAACGUCGUCUUCGUUGUCUGUGCCAACAAGAUUGACUGCACCAAGCACCGCAGCGUGGACGAGAGCGAGGGGCGGCUCUGGGCGGAGAGCCGGGGCUUUCUUUACUUUGAGACGUCGGCACAAACGGGAGAGGGAAUCAACGAGAUGUUCCAGGCUUUCUACUCCGCCAUCAUCGACCUGUGCGACAACGGCGGGAAGCGCCCCCCCUCCAGCGUGGGGGUGGGCUUCACCAAAGAGCAGGCAGACGCCAUCCGUAGGAUCCGCAACAGCAAGGACAGCUGGGACAUGCUGGGAGUCAAGCCCGGAGCCACCAGGGACGAGGUGAACAAAGCCUACAGGAAGCUGGCCGUGCUGCUCCACCCCGACAAGUGCGUGGCUCCCGGCAGCGAAGACGCCUUCAAAGCCGUGGUGAACGCCCGGACUGCGCUCCUCAAAAACAUCAAGUAGGGAACGGAGCCCCUCGGAGCUGGAAACCUUCCCCUCCUCCUCCCGGCUAGCUCCCAGGCAGCCGCACGGCCGUGGGGCACUUCCCUCCUCCUCAGAUUUACCCGCUGGCACGGACAGAGAGAAUCCCAGCACCAACUGGGGGAGCAAGACCCCAGCGUGCCCGCCGCGCGUCAUAAAAGGAGCAGGUGGCAACGCGAGGAAGAGGAGGGGUUUGCUCGAGGAAACCUCCGCUGCUGCGGGAAGGAACUGGCUCCAGGGAGCGUCCAGUUCCUCCCCAAACCGUUGAGGAGCCAAGGAUGGUCCUUUUGGCAAGAUGAGGGCUCCCCCCCCGACACCCACCUCCUCAUCACAGCGCCUCCCUCCCUCUCCCCGAGGCUGCCAGACUCCCAACGGGGGAUCCCGUGGGGGUCCCGUGGUUUUCUCAGCACCCGGUUUUAUUUCCUUGCCGCUGUGUGAGGUGGGCAGGGGAGGAGAGGACACGGAGCUGUG